GCAACUUCACUAUUGGUAGGCAGUGCAAAAACUUAAUUUCAGCCUAGGUCACGUUCGAUUUCUUUGUGACAUCUAUUUAGUUCGAACUUAGUGCUGUUGUCGGAUUAUCAUUACUAAGGUGUUGUGUUUCUUUAGGAUGCCUCGAAUUUUUGUGUGAUUAUAUUUGUUUUAUUCCUUUAGGUGUGGUUGUUAGAAUAAUGGAAAAGAAUAAUUUAGCCUUCAGUUCUGUUAGUUAUCACAAGCCUUCUGAUCACCAUUGAUACCUUUGUGUCAUAAAUUUUAACCAUUGCUGAUCAUAAUGUCACUGUCAGUGCUGAAACAAAAUUCGAAAUGACAUCUGUAAAAACAUACACUUCUCCAACUAGCACUGCUAAAAGUGUUCUUCAGCAUGUGAAAUAUGAGCACAUGAUUGCUGGAAUAACAGGUGGUGUAGCUUCAACCCUCAUACUUCAUCCUUUGGACUUGAUCAAAAUCCGUUUUGCAGUGUGUGAUGGUCGAUCACCCACUCCUCAGUAUGAUGGUCUUCGGAAUGCUGUCACUACAAUUUUCCGCCAAGAGGGAUUACGAGGGCUUUAUAAAGGAGUUACUCCCAAUGUUUGGGGAUCUGGAAGUGCAUGGGGUUUUUAUUUUCUGUUUUACAAUUCAAUAAAGACAUGGGUUCAAGGUGGUAACUCGAAAACUCCUCUUGGCCCUUCGAUGCAUAUGCUUUUGGCAGCACAGGCUGGUGUAUUGACUUUAAUUAUGACAAACCCUGUUUGGGUUGUAAAGACCAGGUUAUGUUUGCAAUAUUCCAAUGCAAAACCCCAAGCAGGGAGUGGCUAUGCUGGUAUGGUAGAUGCGCUUAUGACAAUUUAUAGACUUGAAGGUGUUCGAGGAUUGUACAGGGGUUUUGUGCCAGGAAUGUUUGGUGUAUCUCAUGGAGCUAUUCAAUUUAUGGCAUAUGAAGAAAUGAAAACUUUCUACAAUCAAUAUAAGAAUGCUCCUAUAGAUGCUAAACUGGGGACUAUGGAGUAUCUCGGUUUCGCUGCUACAAGUAAGCUGAUAGCUGCUUCCGUAACCUACCCUUAUCAGGUCAUAAGGGCUCGCCUGCAGGAUCAAUACCACUCCUAUGCAGGUUCAAUGGACUGCAUUCGUCAGACCUGGAGGUACGAAGGUCUCAGGGGUUUCUACAAAGGGCUUUUACCUUAUCUUCUCCACGUCUGUCCCAAUAUCUGCCUCGUUUUCAUCAUUUAUGAGAAGUUCACUGACACAAGCUAGGUUUCCUUUUCCCAAAAUCAGACAUAUCUGUUUUUUUUUUAUUCUCCCUUUUAAAAAGACAUCUAGAGGUAUUUUCAUUUGUUUGGCCUUAAACCUUAUGUCAUUUGUUACCUGUUGUAAAUAAUUAUUACUACUUAAUUUAUUGGGAAUUUAUAAACAAGCAUUUUGAUAUAGUGAAGGAAAAAAGACAACUAUCGUUAAAUUGUAAUUUUAACUUCUAUAAAUUAUUGAUCAUAUUAUUUUCUGCAGUAUAUUUGGUGUUUAAACUCUUAAAC